AUGUCUAGAAAUAAUCGUCCCUGUGCUAACUGUAAGGCCAAGAAGAAGCGGUGCACCCACCGUAACCAACCUGUCGAGGUCACCGAGGCUGAAGACGUUCCAGCCAUCAUGUCUCCCUCCGAUCCCGCUGUUCCCACCCCUGCUCCCACUCCUGCUCCCACUCCUGCUCCUGCUGCUGUCUCUGCCGCUGUCCCUGCCCCCGGUGCUGCCACCCGGGGACGCCGCAAGGCAGCUGAGGCAGCUGUAGCUGCUGUAGCUGCUGUGGCCGCUGAGGCCAACCCCGAGGAGAUGAGCUCUGCCCCCGCCGACUCCAGCGACGAGCUUUCUUCCGUGCCCUCCGAGGCCGAGCAGAAGCCGGUGGUCAGGAAAUCCACCAAGCGUGGUCGCCGUGUCAAGCCCACCGCGAAGUCUCAGGUCGAGGUCCCUGACUUCCCCGCCGACCCUGUUCAGGCCGCCUGCACCAUGUCCGUCCACAAGGUCUGGGCCCGCAAGCUUGAGGCCAACCUCGAGGAACUCGAGAAGAACAUGGAGGCCUUCGAUAAGGCUCACCGCGCUACCAUGGCCUCUGCCAAGGAGGUCCAGCGUACUGUCGCCGGCUGGAUGCAGACUUGGGCUGCCACUGGUCGUUAA